AUGUUCCCCUUGCUCUGCAAGGGUCGCAGCUUUUGGGAUCAACUGCAGCAGAAAAUCGUGUGUCCUGGGAUUGUGACAUGCCUGACUUCUUUCCCCAAUGGCCUGUACUUGGUGGCAGGCAUUGCUGAGGCCAUCUACUUCUGGGAGGUUUCCACUGGGAAUUUGCUAGCCAUCUUGAAUCGCCAUUACCAAGACCUGACCUGACUGAUGGUCGCCUCUUUCAAUUGACCUGACGACAGCAGCCAUUUUAUCUCAGGAGGCAAAGAGAACCUGGCACUGGUCUGGAGUCUGGCCAGUGUAGUUCAGCUGGACCUGUCACUCACCCCUGAGCCUCGCCAUGACCUCUACCGUCACUCUCUCCCCAUCACUGACAUCCACUGUGGCCUGAUGGGACCCCAGUCUCGAGUAGCUACUGCAUCCUUGGACCAGACUGUCAAGCUAUGGAAGCUAUCCUCAGGUGAGAUGCUCCUGUCUGUUCUCUUUGACGUGGGCAUCAUGUCAGUGACCCUUGACCCCUGCGAGUAUUACCUCUUCUGUGGCGGCAGCGACGGCGGUAUAUUUCAGGUGUCCCUCUGCAGCCAGAGCCUAAGUCGGGAUAAGACAUUCCAGUCGGACAACAAGGGUAACCAGGUUUUCAAAGGACACAGGAAGCUAGUGACCUGUCUGUCUGUGUCUAUGGACGGCACUCUCCUCCUCUCGGGCUCCCACGAAGAGACCAUACGACUGUGGGACAUCCAAAGCAAGCAGAGCAUCCGCAGCAUCAACCACAAAGGUCCGGUCACCAAUGCCCUCAUCCUCCCUGCCAACAUGUUCCUGCCUGACAGCCGCCCAGGCAUCCCCCUGCCACGCUUCAGCCGGCACCUCAACCCCCUAGAGCAGAGCGAGGGCACUGAGACUGGAGGAGUGUGCCUGCGUCUGGCCCCCCACACACAGUGUGUGUUUGGCAAUGGUGAGAACACCAAGGUGCGUGUGUCAGAGCUGGAGGAGGAAGUGAGGACGCUGAAGAAGGUCAACAAGGACCUGUAUGACCUCCACACUGCUCCUCACCAAGCCCAGCUAGAAAAGAGCCUGGCCAUGGUUCCCCGUCCCACCAGCAGGGACUCUACUGGGGGGGUGACACUGCAAGCCCCCUUCACCACAGACCGGUAGGCUAGGGAAAGAUAAGUUAGUAUGUGUCAUUCAUAUAGUUUGUUUUGUAAGGGAGAGAGUACAUUCACCAGGACCUGGGGUGCAAAAGUUGUACCAUGGACCAUAUUGCCUUUAUCAUGAUCCCUCACCAUAUUUUGGAUAAAGGAUUUCAUUUAAAUUGACAUGAAGAAAACAUGCUCACCUUUUUUUGUGCUAUAGCAUGUUCAGUGUUAGCCACAGGAUAAUCAAAGUAGUGUAGUGCAGCCAGACUCAGCAGCAUAAUUGAUCUUAGCUCUAUAUCGACUUAACAGAAGCUCCAGUCCCUUGACAACCUCAAUUUACAGCCCUGUUCCUUCACACGCCUUUAAGCCCAAAAAUUCCACCAGAGAAAACGGGUAUAACAGGAUCCAGUUAUUUCCCCCUGACUUUUUGUCCUCUGUCAUCCGUCUAACCCAGUAAGAAUCCCCCAAACUCUUAGUUUUCUAUACGGACGUUUUCUCCCAGCACUUAAGCGUUCAACCAGGUUAGGACUCUACAGUGCGACCAUAUUACUGCGCCUAAAUAUUUUGCUGUGCAACCUGGAAUUUGUAUUUAUGAGCACCAGUGUGCCCAGAACAAUGUAGGAUUCUAGCUUUAAUAUCUGAAAUAUUUUUCAUUGCGCUCUUAAAUUUCUUUGUGCGCCUACAUUUUUCUACUGCAGCUAAUAGAUUGGAUGGAUUUGUGUGACAAUGACCUGUUGUGCCCCCAGGUGUUUAGCAUCGACGAGAUUGUUCAUUUCUGUCACAAAAUGGGUACAGUAUGAUCGCCAUGGUUGGUAGGUACCCUUCACGCUAUCUCUCAAGCAGAACUUCAAACCUCUCAUUAAAAUAGAAAGAAAAUGGUGGUGUUAAAUAGGGAACAGUGGAGUGUUUGAUUUACCCUGUGGAACUAGCCAGAAGCCUGUGAGUUUUGUUUUUCAGCUUACACUACCUGUAGAAAGCAUGUAUUUGGUUGUGUAGAACUGCUGGGCAGUGUACAACUGCAGAAUGGUUUUCUUUUCAGAAUCCUUCAAAAAGAAACACACAAUUAACCGCUGUCAAAAAAGGGAAGAGUUUGAGCUCUGAAAUCGCCCUUCCUCUCAUCACUGCUAAUUCUCCACUGAGGGCACUACUUUAGAGGCAGCCACAUAGAAACAGCUGUUGAUUUUAUCCUCUUUUUCUCAGUUGCCCUGCUUUGAUGAGAUCUAAAAAAGGGUCCUGUAUUUAUGUGCCUCUUCGGUAGAGAGAGGCAACUGCUAAGCAGCAGCCCUCCUGUGUAGAGAAAGCCAUGGCUUUAGAACUUCAGCCCCUGUUCACCAAGGAGAGAGAUGACUUACACACACCCCAACGUUGACUCCAAUUAACUCACUGUUGGGGGUGGGGAUCAGGUCAGUGAGAUGGAGCUUUUGAGGACCUUGAUCACAGAUUAAUCAGAGAGUCCAAGGGUUGACAGUGAAGAGUGUUCAGUGGGGGGGAUUACGUGUUCCAGUAAUAAAGACAACAAG